CUUUGCGUGGCGGACGAUCAAGUCUGUUUAUAAAAUGUGGCUGCUGAGAUGCAGAACUGCAUUUUGCUCUGAGGCACAGAGGACCUGAGUGGGCUGCUAUUUCCUUUUCAGCACUGCCUGACCCCAGAUUGUUUCGAAGGAGGGCUCUCUCUCACACACAUUCUGAGAGGGGUGUUAACAAAACACAUGCAGACUUUUCUUAGAGAGUAACUUUAAGCAUCCAGUCUAAGAAGAGAAAGCUGGGAGAACUGAGUUCUCAGUCCGCUGGGAUUUUUUUAAAGGCUGUUGGAUCUUAAUGGACUAAAAGUGCCUCUGUGGAUUUGAUAGCCAGGAUGGCAUAUCCAGGGAAAUCUCGUCUGAGGAGAUCCUUCAGUGAGCAUAUCAAGGACUCAACCAACAAAGCAUGGGAUGUAUUCUGGAAGAGCACGAGAGAAAAACGCUUAUCAGAAAUUGAAGCCAAAGAAGCCUGUGACUGGCUGAAGGCUGCUGGUUUCCCCCAAUAUGCUCAGUUAUUUGAAGAUAUGCAGUUUCCUAUUGACAUCAAAACUGUGAGGAAAGAUCAUGAAUUUUUAGAUAGAGAUGCUAUUGAUUCUCUGUACAGACGAUUAAAUACUUUGAACAAGUGUGCAGCAAUGAAAGUGGAAAUAAGUCGUCAGAGAAAACGGAGUGAUGAAUCUGAAGAUGAAGAACCUUGUGCGAUAAGUAACAAAUGGGCUUAUGAGAGAUGCAGUCAGAGAUGGUCUCGCCUGGAGAGCGUUGAAGGUUUCCCUUUAAAAGGUCCUAAUUCAUCAGUCCCAGACAGUCCAAGACAUAAGAGCACUGGUAGUGAGGAGAUCUCCUUUUCAGACCAAGGAGAGAAACAUGAUGCGUCAUCAAUUCACAGCAGUACCAGUGGGGACAGUGACAUUAUCAGCUUCCCUAAGACUUUUGAGGAUGUUGAGACCAGCACUAGUUCCUCCAGGUGUUCCUCAAGUAAAUUGGUCUCUCCUGACUCUACCUUUAGUUGUUCUCCUUCCCCUAGUGAUUUCUUAAACAUCAUCAGUGAGGAGCAGCUUUUGGAUAAGCCACCACACAAAAAAGGGAAGAGCUUUCUUAAGAAAAUGGAGAAACUGCGCAUAAGGAGCUCCAGUGUAAAGAGAGAUGCUCGGUCAAAGGCCAAACCCAUCAUCGGUGAACCUGUUCUUGUGGAGGGACUGAAUGAAGAAAAGCUGAAGAACCUUAAUUGUGUGGAUAUUUGUGACCUCUCUGGCAGCCAGAUAAAAAAGGAUUCUUCUUAUUCUCCCCCCACUUGCAGUAGCAGCAGCCAGUCUGAAAACAGCAGCACUGUGAGCACUCCAAGUCCUGUUAUCAAAGUCAGGAGCUAUGCUAAACGGGGAGGCGUGCAUGCAGAGGACACUGACUCCAGCAAGCUCUCUUUGUGGAAUGAUGUAUCGGAGCAGAACUUCAGAAAUGAAAUUAACUUGCAUGCAAACCAAAUGUUUCACAUCCCACAAGGCCAUAAGCCUGGAACUUUCCCCAAAGCACUUACAAACAGUUUCUUAUCCCCAACAGACAACAGUUCUGUGAACUGGAGAACUGGAAGCUUUCAUGGAUGCAGGCGGAACAGAAUUAGAAUUAGUGCUAAGGAGUCUGAGACUCCUCUGAGUCCUUUGUCAUGUAUAGAUAACAGACUGAGUAUAUAUGACAAUGUGCCCAGCAUUCCUGUUCAUCUUAACAAGAUGGAGGUGCCGGACGUUGGUGAUGAUGAUGUUUUUUCAGAACUAGACAAUGUCAUGGAACACAUCAAUGGGCUCAGAAAGUUGGUGAAUCAGUGGACUGAGAAGUUCUCAGAUGAUGGAGACUCUGAUUUUGCGAAUGACUCAACCUCUCCGUGUCCAUCUUCCCCUAAAGAAAUCCACCUUGAGAUAAAACAGCAUUCAGCAGAUAAACUGGCAGAUCUACCAGCUGCUGAUGGAAAACAGAACUGCAAUGAGCUUGAUUCCCCAGAACUGAUUUAUGUAGGAGAUUCAGAAAUGGCAUCCUCGUUUUCACAUUCCAACAGACAUGAGAGGCGACACUGGUCUACAGAGGAGACUGUGAACUUUGAAAGCCCUUCUGUACAAAUUGAUAACCAGUCAGCAGCCCACCUAAACCGAAUACAGAAACUUGCUUUGUUGAAACUCACUGCUUUAAUGGACAAAUACUCUCCUUCCAGUAAACAGGGCUGGAACUGGACUGUUCCAAAGUUCAUUAGAAAAAUCAAAACCCCUGACUACAAGGACAAAAGUGUAUUUGGGGUCCCAUUACUGCUAAAUGUUCAGCGAACAAGCUACCCACUUCCAAAGAGCAUUCUCCAGGCCAUGCAGUAUUUAAGAAGCCACUUUCUUGACCAGGUUGGCCUGUUCAGAAAAUCAGGCGUUAAAUCUAGGAUCCUUUCUUUAAGGGAAAUGAAUGAAAAUGACCCAAACAACGUAACUUACGAAGGGCAGUCUGCGUUCGAUGUGGCAGAUAUGGUAAAGCAGUAUUUCCGAGAUCUUCCUGAGCCAAUAUUCACUAGCAAGCUUUGUGAAUCCUUCCUCCACAUUUACCAGUAUUUGCCAAAGGAUCAACAGUUUCAUGCAGUGCAGGCUGCCAUUCUUCUGCUCCCAGAUGAAAACCGAGAGGCUCUGAAAAUCCUUCUCUUCUUUCUCAGAGAUGUAGUUGCUUUUGUUGAGGAAAACCAGAUGACUCCAACCAACAUUGCAGUCUGCCUGGCACCAUCCCUGUUUCACCUUAAUACCUUAAGGCGAGAGAGUUCAUCAUCAUCUAGAUCCAGCCAGAGGAAGUACAGCCUGGGAAAACCAGACCAGAGAGACUUGAGUGAAAAUCUGGCGGCUACCCAAGGCCUGGCCCACAUGAUAAUGGAGUGCAGCAGACUCUUCCAGAUGCCUGACUAUUGCCUGGAUCAAUGUGGUGAUGAUUUAUAUGAACAGAAUGGCCUGUGUGAAAAGGCUACUCUCACCGCCUCAGUGGGGCACUCCAUGCUGAUUUCCCUUGAGAACGCCAUGCAGGACUUGCUGCGAGAUGCCAAGGAAAAAUUCAAGAGCUGGGUUACUUGUCCAAACUUGGAACGUGUGGAAGUAGCAAAUAAAAAGGUGGAAGAUAACUAUCAUGUCCGGUUAUGGAAAGCAUCCACUGAAAUAGAAGUCGGUCCUAAAGUAAUCCUCCAACGCAUACUGACUGAGCAGCAUCUGUGGGACCCAAGUCUACAGCAGGCUAAAAUCCUAGAGACCUGGGAUGAAGAAACGGAUGUUUAUCACUACACAACAGAAGGCAUGUCACCCAUCUUGCCACGGGAGUAUGUGGUUUUGAGGACUUGGCGAACUGAUCCCCAAAAUGGCACCUGUAUUUUGGCAGCUACCUCAAUUGACAGUGAAGGAGCUACUCUACAUGGGAUUUUGGCCCAUGUCCUUUUGUGUCAGUAUCUCAUAGAACCAGUUGGCUCCCAGAAAUGCAAAGUGACUCACGUCUGCCGAACAGACAUGAGGGGACGAACAACAGAAUGGUACAACAGGGUCUUUGGUCAUAUGUGUGCUGCAGAACUGAUGAGGAUAAAAGACUCCUUCAAACCUCUCAGUGCUGGCACAAAGGAAACCAAAAUCUAAAAGCGUCUGGUUCUAAACAGAGGCUGGUGCUGAGGAAUGAGCUGCUCUUGUGCUGUCAUUUUAAAAGCUACAGACAUAAUAGACUUGCCUAUAUUUUAAACCAAAAAGUAAUUUGUAAUGGCCUAUAAAUGUAAUGUAAUAUAGUAAUUUCAUAAAGCUGCUUUUUCUUUCCAGUUUCAGGAAGAUGUUCUUGAACUGGUUGCACAAAGAUGGCUAAGAGUCAAAUGUGUGUAUGUAUAUAUGCAGUUAUAAAAUGCAAUUUUUACACCCAGGAAAGAGACAAAAUAUAGUUCAAAAUUAUAGUUAUAAAGUAAAUUAUUAAACUAAGAAAUGGUAUUUCUCCAAAUAUACAUUAAGUAUUUUACAAGAUGUGGAAUUUUAUGCAUUCUAGAGUAUUUUCUCUUGAAUUAUCUUUUUAUUGAAUAAGGUGGUGGAGAUGUGAAGUUAAUUUUAACCUCUUUACAGUUGAAAAUAGGGCUGAAAACCCUUGUCUUUUUAAUAGGGGAGCUAAAUACUUAGCAUAUGCUGUUAACUCUUGAUACUUCCUUUUUACAUAAUAAACCAAUCGGGGAGGGGGAAGGUUGUUGAAUGUUUUAAGUAGAGUUCCUGCAUUUGCCUAUUUUGCCCAUGUUGAAGCUUGUAAUAAUUCAGUUGUUAAAGGCUGUAAGCCAAUUUAACCAAACUAAAUUCUAAGCGGAGAUUAUGUGAUUGGCAUUUGAAUGUAACCUGCAACUUAAGUCACUUGAGCUAAAUCCUAGGCAUUGUGCUUGUCUACUGAACUAGAAUUAUGGUUAAACACUUAUGUACCUUUAAUAAGCUGCUCAUCAUAAAAGGCAAAAAGUGUGCGAGUACAGCUAAUUAAAGUGCUACUCCUACGUGAAAUGUUUUAUACAGCAGGUGUGCAGGGGUGUGUUCAGUCUUUUGUUAGUUGUUCAUUGUGAAACUAACUUGCCCUUGAUUUAGAAGGACUUGGAGCUCAUUCACAAUUGCAUUUGUGAUUAAAGAGUUGCUGAGAUGUUUGCCAUGCAAAGCAGCAGUAUUACCUCUUUA